AUGGAUGGUAGUUUCAUUCACUAUUUUCCUGCAUUUCACAUUCGUGAUUCUGUGCGCAAUGGAAAAGAAAUUAAGAAACUUCCAUCUGGUGUGCCAGCAUUACAUGAAUGGGGAGUCCAAAACAUGGCAUCUUUUGGUAUUUUAGUGCUCUGUACAAUUGAUCUCACUCUCUGCUUGACAGGUUUGUUAGGCGUGGAUUUACCGAGUGUUCCAUUGACUCCAUACCAGAGGAGAGAAGGAAAAAAAUCAAUCUAUCCCGUAGAUCAAAAUAUUAUACAAAGCAGCUGCCACCUGACUCGAGUGGAAUUCGUUUCAAUAGGGUGUAUUCUUGAGCUUACACUACUGGCAAUGUCUACAUCUUCUCUCAGUGACUCCGCAGCAAGGGUUGAGUAA